AUGACCGUCACUGUUUUGGCUUCCUCUACAACUAAGGCGAAACGUCGCGAACCGCUACUGGCUAUCGAUAUGGCGACGUCCCAGGCGCAGGCGCGUCCCGCCGCGCCUGGAAGAAGUGGGGGGAGGAGGACGAGCGCGCGGUUGAGCUUGAAUAAACAGGAUCGAAGUGAAGAGAAAUUGAGUGCGGCCGACAAGAAACGGAAAUCUGUACCAUUUGAGGAGGAUAUUGAGGGGUUUCAGUUCUCGCGCAUCACAACGAAAAAGGCCAAACCGUCAGAGAGUAAAAAGGCACCGUCACCUGUACCAGAGGAGCCACCCCAACCAUCACCGAGACGAGGUCGACCUCCGAAAAAGCGGGUUGAGGAGAAGAAAUCCGAGCCUGUUGUGGAACCGAAGAACAAGCAGACCGAGGGAACCGGGAAGCGAAAAACGAGAGGAGCUGCAAAGGCUGCGGCGACUCAGGUUGAGCAGGAGCCUCAGCUGGAGCCUCAACCGGAACCGCAACCACAGCCAGAACCAACAAAACGUCCCACACGCUCUACACGGAAACCCGGCCAAGCGGAGGUGGUGCCUCUGGAGAAGAAGCGGAGGAAAGGCAGGCCGAGUAACUCGAGGAGCGACGCACAGCAACAGCAUCCGCCGCCGCAACCGCAGCCAGUGAAUGGCUUUGUGUCACCGGAACUGCAGCAGUCCGGGACAGCUACUACGAUUGCACUGCCGCUGGCGGAUACGCCAGUUAUCCAGCGCAAUAGGGAGAUGCGAGGGAAGAAAUCCGUGAAAGGAGGGAAUCGGCGGAGCAGUCUCGGGAUGAGAGGACGGAGAGCCAGCUCGCUGAUUGACUCAGGAGCGUCUAAUGCACUACCACAUAAGAAGGUUGAUACGGCAGAUUUCUACAAGCACAUCGCGGCGGACCUGCCGGAGCCACGGAGGAUGCGGCAACUUCUGAUCUGGUGCGGUACGCGGGCAAUAGGCGAUAAGCCGUCUGGAUCGCGCUCAGAGGACGAGAGCGCUCGUCUAGCGGCGCGGGUCAUCCAGGAAGAACUGCUGAAGGAGUUCUCCACUAAUUCUGAGCUCUCCAACUGGUUUGGAAGAGAGGAUGUCAAUCCCCCUGCUCUGGUGGUCAAGAAAGAGAACCCGAAGAACAUCCAAAAUGCCGAGAAGAUCCAGGAGCUAGAAGAGCAAAUACAGAAGCUACAAAAAGAGCGACAUGCUCUCAAUGCGCUCCUACGACCGACAGACAUUCCUCGAAUCAAGCCCGCGCCACCUUCACAACCUGACCCCGACGCCAAUCAACCUCCACAGCCAUCAUCCGAGCCCGAGCCGAUCGAUCUAUCUCUAUUAGAACCCUCGCAACGGAGACUCUUCGCCCAGAUAGACCCUGAAGCCGUCAAACAACACCCAGACGCCCAGCCUAUGGAAACCGAGCCCUCGCCCUCCGAAGCAAAUCUCCUCCCCCAAAUAUCACCAUCCGCCGUAUCCACCCGACUCUCCCGCAUCACCAGCUCACUUGCUCCGACUCUCGACUCCCUUGCCGAAGGCAUCCACGAUAUCGACCUGUACCGCGCCAUGUCCGACACGGUUUCGACCCGUGUGCUCCGCAUCUGCGCCGAGCGCCUCGAAGAGCGCGACAGCCGCAAUCGCGUCCGUCAGCUCGCAACCGAAGCCAGUGGCGGCGAGGACUCCCGCCAAGACCUAAGUCUCCGACCCCGGCCUCGAGAAGACCUCGGGCUGAUUCUGGGGGCGUUGAGCCGGGUCGAACGGCGCUCAUCAUAG